AGAAGAAACAGUUGGUCCGACGUCACAAGCACAUUCACAAAAAUCAAACAACAUAUCCCCAUCUUUCAUAUACACCACACGCUUAUGCAGUGAGAGAGCACGAGAGAAGCAUCGUCAUAAUCAACACAUCAGUCAAAGCGAACUGCGCUCGGCAACACGACACGGCAGGCAACAUGGCGUUCCAGCAGUCGUCUCCCCUCGUCAAGUUUGAGGCCUCUCCCGCCGAAUCCUUCCUCUCCGCCCCCGGCGACAACUUCACAUCCCUCUUCGCCGACUCAACACCCUCAACACUUAACCCUCGGGACAUGAUGACCCCUGACAGCGUCGCCGACAUCGACUCUCGCCUGUCCGUCAUCCCCGAAUCACAGGACGCGGAAGAUGACGAAUCACACUCCACAUCCGCUACCGCACCCUCUACCUCAGAAAAGAAGCCCGUCAAGAAGAGGAAAUCAUGGGGCCAGGUUCUUCCUGAGCCCAAGACCAACCUCCCUCCUCGAAAACGUGCAAAGACGGAAGAUGAAAAGGAGCAGCGCCGCGUCGAGCGUGUUCUCCGCAACCGCCGCGCCGCGCAGUCCUCGCGCGAGCGCAAGAGGCUCGAGGUCGAGGCUCUCGAGAAGCGCAACAAGGAGCUCGAGACGCUCCUCAUCAACGUCCAGAAGACCAACCUGAUCCUCGUCGAGGAGCUCAACCGCUUCCGACGCAGCUCAGGCGUCGUCACCCGCUCGUCCUCCCCCCUCGACUCUCUCCAGGACAGCAUCACUCUCUCCCAGCAACUCUUUGGCUCGCGGGAUGGCCAAACCAUGUCCAACCCCGAGCAGUCCUUGAUGGACCAGAUCAUGAGAUCUGCCGCUAACCCUACCGUUAACCCGGCCUCUCUUUCCCCCUCCCUCCCCCCCAUCUCGGACAAGGAGUUCCAGACCAAGGAGGAGGACGAGGAACAGGCCGACGAAGAUGAAGAGAUGGAGCAGACAUGGCACGAGACCAAAGAAGCCGCCGCCGCCAAGGAGAAGAACAGCAAGCAGUCCCGCGUCUCCACUGAUUCGACACAACGUCCUGCAGUGUCAAUCGGUGGAGAUGCCGCUGUCCCUGUCUUCUCAGACGACGCCGGCGCAAACUGCCUUGGCCUGGACCCUGUUCAUCAGGAUGAUGGUCCUUUCAGCAUCGGCCAUUCUUUCGGCCUGUCAGCGGCCCUUGAUGCAGAUCGCUAUCUCCUCGAAAGCCAACUUCUCGCUUCGCCCAACGCCUCAACUGUUGACGACGAUUAUCUGGCUGGUGACUCUGCCGCCUGCUUCACGAAUCCUCUCCCCUCCGACUACGACUUCGACAUCAACGACUUCCUCACAGACGACGCAAACCACGCCGCCUAUGACAUUGUGGCAGCGAGCAACUAUGCCGCUGCGGACCGCGAGCUCGACCUCGAGAUCCACGACCCUGAGAAUCAGAUCCCUUCGCGACAUUCUAUCCAGCAGCCCCAGUCUGGCGCGUCCUCUCAUGGAUGCGACGAUGGCGGCAUUGCGGUUGGUGUCUGAGGGACGCGACGAUCGG